AGGAGUUCCAUCGGAACGUGGCCCCCCAAGAAGAACAACCUCACCGACGUGCUUAGCUUAUUGAAGGACGGAAGGGGAAACUCUCCAGAGCCAGAGAAGGAGGAGGAGGACCAGGGUCAGAUCACAAGCUCUGACGCGGCCGCCUCUGAUGAGAAUCUGGCGCCCAUGAGCAAGCCUUGGGAGUGGGACUUCACCAACAAGCGGCGCUUCAAGCUCACCACCAAGCAGCUCAGGAGGAUGUUCUCUCCCAGGAAGCUCUCGGGGCACAACCCUACCAGCUCGCGGAGAAGCACGCAGAGGACCUCCACCGACGAGUCCACUGAGGACUUUGACCAUGAGGAACUCAGCAGCUUUACCAGCGAGGACAAUGAUGAGUGGAUAGAAGAGUUUGUUCAAGCGCCGGAGCGGCGCGAUUCAUGGAGGGCUCCAGGGAGCCUCGAGGAGCAGCGGCUUCUCCGCGUCACGAACGAUGACUUGCAGGAAGCCUGUCUCCGCGGGGACUUGGGCCUCGUGAAGCGUCUCAUCUCCGCGCGCGCAUCGGUCAAUGCACCGAUGCGUCCUCAAGAUGCUCCCGAGUUCAUGACGCUGUUACAUGUCCUAGCGAGGAAGCCGCAUAUGCAAAACUGCAGCAGCAUCAUCGCUGAGAUGGUGAGAAACAAAGCAAAUCUCAACGUCAGGAGCUCCUUCGGCACGACGCCCUUGAGCCUGGCGUGUCAUGCGAAGCACACCGAAGCGGUGGAGGUGUUGCUACGAGCGAAGGCCAGCGCGGACCCGGUCGACGACUUUGGGCGCAAGGCUCCGCUCUAUGCGAUUUUGCCUCCUUGGGAUCCUACUCUGGUGGACAACACCGAGGAGAACCUCACGGUGAAGACGGUCCAGCUGUUGGCGCGAGCGCGUACCAACCUGGACGACGGUGGUGCUUCAGCGCCCAUCGUGGAAGCGGUGAAGCUGCAGAAUUUCCCCGCCGUGGCCGCACUCCUGGCCUGUGCGGUGGUGCCCAAGGGCCUGCACGAGGCGGUGGAGGAGGGAGCGCUCGACAUCAUGGACGCCCUCAUCAUCGCACAGGCGAAUCCCUACAUCAAGGAUGACCAGGGCCGGACAGUCAUGGAUGUAGCCUUGGCCACCAACGACGAGGAGGUGAUCGACACCAUCCGCGACUUCAUUGGCGACCUCCGCCGGCAGAAACAUCAACACCUCAGGAUGAUGGAGGAGAACAAAGAGGAAGAGGAGGUGCAGGAUGCCAUUGACAGGGACAACUUCCUCGAGCCGACGGAGAACAAGGAAACCCAGAACGGACGCAAAGUCGUGCAGCAAGAAGAGGCCACCGAGUACUUUGCUGCCUUAGCCAGCUUCGCUCGGAGCGUCUUCAAAAAGACCAUCUUUCAGGCCUUCAUGUUUUUAUGCCUCUUCAUCGCGCUUUUUGCAGCAGAUGUCUUUGUCAUCAUCAAUGUCAACAAUGACGUGGUCUUGGACUCAAUCCUCACGGUGUUGAUCUUGGCCUUCAUCCUGGAAUUCGGGGUGCAGCUCUUGGCUUACCGGAGGACGUAUUCUUGCUCUUUCUACUUCUGGAUGGACUUAUUGGGCAUCCUUUCCGUGCCGCUGGACCACUCACUUGUGGUCAAUGCACUUCCCAGUGGCCUGGAUAGCAACACCGCCAUCAUGAGAGCGGCACGGAUGGCGAAGCUCGGUGCUCGGGCGGGGCGCUUUACGAAGUUGGUGAAGCUGCUACGCUUCUUGCCCUUCAUGCAGCAAACCAAUGCAGGGGGGACUGCGAAGGUCAUCUCAGCCACGCUGAACGUGGCACUCUCCAUGCGCGUGUCGCUGCUAAUCAUUCUGAUGGUCCUGGUUUUGCCGCUCUUCUCGUUGGCAACCUUUCCGGAGAAUGACUAUUCAAUGACGAUGUGGGUGCAAAUGAUCAGUGAUACUGCCUCGGUGGAGCCCCAGUACCUCGAAGAGGUCCUGGGGAACUUCACGCUCUUCUACCAAUCCUCCAACUACUUCCCCUUCCAAGCUUCCAUCGACUACCAGAACGGGACCGUGGUGACGCGAUCCUUGGGUGAAGCACCUGCCAGGCCACGCGCCAGCAUACAGCUACAGGCGGGGCAAACCACGGCCUUCUUCAACUUCACGUCCCCUCAGCAGGUGGAUGCUGUCCUGAACUGUCUUCUCAUGGUGACGAUCAUGGUGUUAAUGGUCCUGUCGGCCCUCUUCCUCUCCAACACAGUGUCGCACAUUGUGCUCACACCGUUAGAGCAGCUGCUGGAUCACGUCCAUCAUAUGGCCGCCAACAUUUUCAAGUCGAUGGCGGCGCUGGGGACCAAGUCCGUGGCCGCUUCGGAGGACGACGACGACCGGGAUGGCGCGGACGCCUUUGGCACUGAGACGAAGUUAUUGGACCAGGUCCUGAAGAAGAUCAUUGCGCUAAG